AUGACGCUAGUAAGAAACAGUGUUCUAAAUAAAUCGACUGAAGAAGUUGAACAAGAGGAUGUGGUAGAAAAAAAUUUAAAAGAUGUUUUAUAUGCGGCCAUUCGAUGCGAUCCAAAGCAAAAUGAAGUCAAAUGGAAAGAAUUUCAAGCACAAGUAAAAAAACGUGAUGCUAAACCAGGCGAUAUUAAAAUAUUAAUACAAACAACCGAUAAUACGCGACAUUCAUUAUUACAUCUAACUGUGUUAGUCAACAAUUUAUUUAUUUUGAAUCGAUUUAUUGAAGACUAUGAUUGUGAUUUAGAAAAGGCAAUUGAUAAACAUGGUAAAAAUGUCUUACAUUAUGCAGCUGGUUCAUUGUUAAUUAAUGAAGGAGCCAAUAGUAGCAGUAAAUCCGAUCCCGGUCUACUAGAGGGUUUUGCAAAUUUUUAUCAUAUACUACCGCGUGCAUCACAGUGUAAUUCAGCAAUAGGUGAACAACAACAAAGACCAAAAUUUUCACAAACAAUUUAUACUGAUCGCACGAUCUUGACUCGUUUAUUAGAAUAUAAGAAGUUUGAUAUAAAUGAAGGUGAUAAUCAAGGUCGAACACCAUUGCAUCAUGCCGUGAUGAAUAGUUGCCAAGCUAAUGUAGAAAUCCUUCUUCUCGAUAAAGGCAAAAUUAACAUUUAUGUAAAUGCCUUCACUCAAUGA